AUGAGCAUGAACAGGUCAGAUUCAGAGGCAAAAGAUCAAUUUAGCAAGCUCCCUGAUGAUCUGUUCGUCUUAAUCCUAACAAAAAUCCGUCAACAAGACUUCAAAUUCCUGUCUCGGUGCUCUCUGAUCUCCAAACUUUUUGCUUCAUCAAUCCCUCUUAUGCCUUCUGUUUCUAUCUCAAUAUCCCCGCCAAAUACGCCAAAACCCACUUCAGAUUUCUCCAAAACAACUUUACAAGACGUCGCCGAUCGGUUUAUCGACCGGAAAAUGGAAUACUUGACCUCCCUUCGGCCUCAGAUCCAGAAAGCCCUAAUUUUUCUCAAAAAGUUCACCAUGGUUCGAGCUCUUGAUGUUGUUUUCAUCACCGAUGAUGAUGAUGAAGAUGACCCGAAAGAAGGGGGUUUUCGAUACGGGUUUCUCCCAUCGUUAAUCAAUUGGAAAACCAAAUUCGAUUUCAAGUUACAAACCUUUGUGUUCCUCUUCGCUCAAUCUAUCCUCGGAAAAUCAGAGCAAACGGAGGAAGCUGUAAUCAACCAGGUUACAGCUGAGGAACUCGAAUUACGACUUUACUCUUCUUUCCAUGGUGUUGUUGAUUCCAUCGAAUGGGGGAAUGUCAUGUCAUGUUUAUUAGUUCAGCAUCCAAUGCUUCGUGAGAUCACAAUUGCAGGUUCGAGAAAAGGGGGUAAAAUCUGCUUAACAGCACAAGAGAUUCUCGAUUUAAGAAAUUCUUUGUCGCCUGAAGAUGUUUCCAGGAUCUCCGGAAAUGGAAAUGGAAUUGGAGUGACGAUCAACGUGAAAUCUGCAUAUAUUCCUGUAUUACGUCUGCCAUCAUCUGGUUAUGCCAUGAAAUCAGUAUCUCUUGUGGUUGUGAGAGUAGGGAGAAGACUUUAUCAUCCGGGAGACGAAGCUUUUCCUACUGAAACCGACACAGAGACUGAUUCAGACUCUGAUGAUGAUCAUGAAGAUGGUCAGCUUGAGUAUGACGAUAAUGAUAUAAUAAAUUGGGAAUUUGAUUCAGAAGAAGAAGUUUUUCGUGAAGCUGUAACUUUGAUUUUGGUGGAUCAUAAGGACAAGAUGCAACGAGAAACCUAA